GCAUAUAAAAGAGUUGAUUCGAGUAAAAGCAUCAAUAGUUUAUUGUUGAAUUAAGCCGCUGCAGGAGGUGUCAUUAUAGGACAAUUAUUUAUAUAAUUAUUAGUAUUAUUAUUAGAAUUACUCAUAUUUUAUUUAUUUUCGAUCAUGUUCCAUACUGUUUACUUACUUUUUUUGGGAUAUUUAGUCAUUGCUGUCGAAAGUAAUGUUGAGAAUAAUGUUACUGAAGUUUGUAAAACUAAAGAAUGUUACGAAUUAGCGGAAUUAAUUAAAAAAGGAAUGAAUGAUACAAUAAAUCCUUGCGAUGACUUCUAUUCCUAUGUAUGUGGUUCAUGGCCGACUAAUUAUCCGGUUCCUGAAAACAAAUCAAAGUGGAAUUUUGAUUCAAUGGUUAAAGAAAAGAUAAAUAUUAUUUUAAAAGAAAUUUUACAAGAGCAACCAAGGCCUCAGGAUAAUGUGCCAUUAACAUUAGAGAAGAAAUGGUUCAAGUCAUGCAUGGAUGAAGAUAGCAUUAACAAAAAGGGUUUGGAACCAUUGAAGAAUAUUAUAGAAAAAAUAGGUGGUUGGCCAAUGACAAUGAAUACAAGUGUAUGGGAAAAAAAAGAAAUCACUUGGCAAAAUGUUUCACAAUAUUAUGCGAAUAUUGUUGGUGCAUAUAGUUUAUUUAAUAUUGGCGUUCAACCCGAUGCAGAAAAUUCUACAGUUCAAAUUAUCGCGAUUGAUCAAUCCAGUGAAUAUCUGAUUGAAACGCCAACACUCCGUGAUAAAAAAAAUAGUUAUUAUAAAAAAUUUAUUUCAUAUUGUGCAAAUAAUAAAGACGUUGUUGAUAUUAAUGCUAAUGAUAAAGAAGAUGAUAAUCCUGCAGUAAAACAUAUAAGACUUAUAUCCAGACUUAUAAGUAAAAUAGCUCAUGAUUAUUCAGCAUUAGUAGGAGGAAGUGAAAAAAAUAUCGAGACUGACGUUUCCGAUUUAUUAGUGUUUAAAGCAUCAUUGAUAGAGAUACAAACUGCUCCGAAUAAAAAAGACGAUAUGGAAUUAGGAAAUAAUAAAAUGAGUAUUAGUGAUUUUCAAAAAUAUUAUAAUCGUAAGAAGCCAAGGACAACAACUGCAAAGAUUAAUUGGCUCGAAAUGAUACAAGCGUUAUUCAAGGAUACUGAUGUUGUCAUUGAUGAAUCAGAAAAAAUAGCUUUACUCGAUAAACCUUAUAUUGAUAAAUUAGUUCGCCUUUUAAAGAGAACACCUCAAAAAACCAUUGUCAAUUAUAUUCAUUGGAGUUUUAUAAGCGAUGUCCUUAAAUAUUUGGACAAAACAACAAGACAAUCGUAUGCCGAGACUGUUAAUAGUACUAUGGGAAUCACCAAUGAAUCAGAAAGGUGGAAAUAUUGUUUACGUAAUAUGCCAUUGAAAGAUGGAAUGUCUAUUGAAUUCAUCAAAAGUCAAUUUCCUAAUGUGACAAAACAAACUGCAAAAGAUAUGGCCGAAGAAAUCCGAAAGGAAAUUGAUGUAGAAAUUUCCCUCGCUAAUUGGAUGAAUAGUGAAACUAAAUCCCUGGCAAGGAAUAAACUCAAAUUAAUGGAAGUUCUUAUUGGUUAUCCGGAAUGGUAUUCAUCGUCAACUAAUUUAAGCGAGUCGUAUGAUGGGCUUGAAUUUGGUUCGGAUUAUUUUGAAAAUGCAAUUAAUUAUUUAAAAUUUGUAACACGCAAUACAGCCAAAGAAUUUAGAGAACCAUUCGACAAAGAUCAAUGGCUUAUGUCACCAAUUACGCCAAAUUCUUACUAUCUUCCACCAACGAAUACUUUGAGCAUUCCAGCUGCACAGCUUUUGAUUCCCCUAUUUCAUGAAAAUAUACCAUUUGCGUUAAAUUAUGGAUCUGUGGGUUUCAUUAUUGGUCACGAAAUGUCACAUGGAUUUGAUAACAUUGGUCGUCAGUUUGAUGGAAAUGGAAAUGUCAUUUCUUGGUGGUCAGACGAAAUGAUUCGUGAAUAUAAGAAGAAGGCUAAAUGUUUUGUGGACCAAUUUAAUAAUUAUAAAGUAGAUGGAAAACUAACUCAAAGUGAAAAUAUUGCUGAUACAGCAGGAUUGAUUGCAGCUUUUGGGGCUUACAAGGAAAAAAUGAAUAAAACCAACAUUAAAGAACAAAGUUUACCAGGAUUAGAAAACUUGGAUUCCAAUCAAUUAUUUUUUGUUUCUUUCAGUGUGGGAUUUUGUCAGAGUGAAGCACCAAAUUUAUUAUCGAAAGUUGAAACCGAUGUACAUACAAAAUCAUCCGUUAGAAUAAAUGGAGCCGUGGCAAAUGUAGAAGGAUUUAGUGAAGCAUUUAAAUGUCAAAAAGAACCAAUGUGUUCACUAUGGAAAUCAAACAAUCAAUUUCAACACUUUGCAAUCAUUAAUGCAUACUUUGAGCAUCUCAACAGAACGAGCAACGAGGCAGACGCGAAAAGGCAUCUCGUCCUAAAACUACUCCAAGGAUCUGAUCUGUACGGUGGGCAUGAAAAUGAAACACUUGACAUAGAAUAUGUCGAUGCAACUUUUCAUUAUAUUAUAAGUAACAUUAUAUUUGCGGACUAUGGAAAUGUCUAUGGUUACUUGGCAAAAAUCGUCAACUUGUCAAAUAAUUUGACACUCUCGUUCCUCAAAGAAAAUAUCCUCAAGGAUCUAAUGAGUCUUGAGUUUUUGACUCCAAACGGAACGCUUUCAAAACUCAGUCUUCUGUCAUCAGUUAGAAUCAGAGACGACUUUCUUUUGUCUUUUUUCCCUCAACCAGAAAAGGACAUGAACAUAACUGACAUUGAUUAUAUUUAUGCACAAGCUGGUUUAAUAUUUGCUCACUCGGGGAAAAUUAACACAACUAACGUGACUUUCAAUGAUUUAAUCGUACUAUCGCAGACAUUAGAAUUGGCAGUCCUACAGAACAUAACAAAUCAAUCUGCAUUGACAAUUUUUACUCUUCCAGCUCUUCUCUUUAAUGCAGGUAACGAAGCAAAGAAAUUUAAUCAACAAUAUGUCGCGGACUGUGUUCAGAAUGAAAAUUUCUUGACAGAAACGCUAAAUAGUUUAUUCUCAUACUUAAAUGAAACCUUUCUGACAAUUAAUCGGGAGGCAUACGAGAGCAGUCCAUUUUAUCAAUUCAGUAUUACCAUGUCAAAGUUCAAAAGUCGUACUGUUCUUGCAGAAGAUUUUUUACGUCAACAAUGUAAUUUGAAAAAUGAAAGUGAAUACGAAUCAGCAAUUGACAAAUAUAAGUUAUUCGCAUCGAGCAGUGAGUGCCCCAAUAAUGAAAGUAUAUUAUUGCCAAAUGUAGAUCAAGUUUACCAAAAUCAGAUUGACGUGCUUCAAGAGAAAUAUCACUCUUUUAUGGAGAUUUUUCUGCAGCAAGUGUUUUAUGAAGCAAAAUUAGUGGACUUGAUUAAUUCAACAAAAACCACUGUUUACGAAAGUCAGACAGUUCCAAUUCAGACUUCAUGUUUUCCAGUUCCUUGUCCACCGUAUCAACCACGUCUAAAUCCAAAUAUUUAUUUAUUUGCCUUGAGAACAUCGGAUGGUGAUUUUUAUUAUGCAUUGGUCAAAAGUGAGAGUAAUUUAACUUUGUUGUACUACAACAGCGAUCCAGAGGAGUUUUUAAACAAAGUCGGCUUGUCGCGAAAAGAAAAUCUUGAGAUAUCCGCAAAUCCAAGAAUUUUAAAAUACUCUUUUGAAACUUACGAAACUUUUAUUGAUCGCUUAGCACGUUUGAAAGCUAAAGAAUUUGCAAAUGAAUUGUAUUUCACAGGAUAUGAGAAAACAUUCAAAGAGAAGAUUGUGGACGGAUUAGUAGCUUUUAUUCCAUUUUACAAUUGUAUUAAAUUCUCAAAAGCAGGUGACAACGUAGGUGCUUCGUUUUCAUGCAUUAGUGAUGUCAUCAGUUGGAUUCCUUUCGCAGGUCAAUUACUGCAACUUAGCAGUAAAAUUGGAACAAUGGCUUUUAAUAACCUACUUCUUGCCACUGGAGUCACUGUUAGAACAUUUACUGCAAGACAAGCAAUUCGCAUCUCGAUGGAAGUUGGACUUCACGAGGCUUCGUCAGGAUUAAUGGAAAUCGUGAAAAAUGUGAUUUUUACUAAAGAGAUGUUCAAGAGUCUGUUCGUGGGUUUAGUUCGAACAGUGGAUCCUGGCUUUGAAUUUGUAGGCAGGUUACACUGGAAAGGAGGAUUAUUGCUGGGUAAAUUGUUUAAAAAAACUUGGACAGUGACUGCAAAGAAGUAUCCAUUCAUAAAAGUGAAUUUUCCCAAGGAAAUCUGGCAGCAGUUGACCAAAGCGAGUUUCCAGUCGGCAGAUGAUUCUGGAAUGAUUCCCGUUUUACUAGGACAGAGGGACGGUUAUGAUGUCUUUAGAUACAGAUACCCAGGAGGAGAAAAGAGAUUUGGACCAAAAUUUCUUCGUUUACCGAAUACAAACGCUGAAUUAAGGCGGGUCAUUGGCUUUAAUGCAGAGACUCCCGUAGUCGUGUCAAGAAUUAACAAAUAUAAAGUGUAUUACAAAAAGAUUGAUUUGAAAACCAAAAAUACUUACGGUUUAGAAUUGGAAUUGAAUCAUAACGGUUUGCUGCGACCAGUCAGACCUUCAUUUCGUGAGCACAUUGGAACAAUUAUGAGGGAAGGAUUGAGCGGUAGAGGGAAAGUAAUGAUCGAAAGGGAAAGAUCCAUUAAUGAAGCUGCAAAUCUGAUAGCUAAUUCAAAUCCUUAUUUGAGUCGUAGUAGUGUUAAAUCUGUAUUAAAACAUUACGUUUUAGCAGUUGAACGUCCGUUGGGUAUGCAGGAGGAUCUAACAAACGUUAUGAUUGAUCCAGUUUUAAUCAAUCAAAUAGAAGACGUAAAUCAUAUUUCAUUGAAGAAGUACUUAGGAGAGAAUUUGCUUGCUGGCGAUCUUGCUUUGAACAAUUAUCUAAUUAUACCUACCUACAAGGAUUUUGCGCUCGAUUGGAUUAGAACUAAUGGGAUACAUAACUCAUAUUCUCAAUUUUAUGUGGAAAAUUCAGCGAAAUUAGAUUCCUUAAGGAGUAGCUAUGUUAUUGAUAAUUUUAUAAAAGCGGACUUGGAAGAAUUUAAGAAUAAAUAUGGAUCGCUGUAUGGAUCUUAUCAAAAUAUAGUAAAGUCUGAUUUCAGUAGGGUUUAUAAUAAAUAUAACUCUAUUAAUGCAAGAAGGUUUGUUAGUUUUCAAGAUUAUAUCGGAUUGACGAUUUAUUCGACAAGCGGUGUCAAAAAUCCAAACAGGCAUAUCAAGAAUACUCUGUAUAAAUUAGCCAUAAGGCAAGCUGACGAGACUAUUCAAUUUUCAAAGAAAUUAUUUUGUUUAAAAGGGAAAACUAAAGAGGAAUUUCAAAUCGAUAAAUUACUAGCAAAAGGAGAUUUAGUGAAUUCCAACUUUUUUCUAAGGGCAUCAACCGCUGCAGGAGGUGUCAUUAUAGGACAAUUAUUUAUAUAUUUAUUAGUAUUAUUAUUAGAAUUACUCAUAUUUUAUUUAUUUUCGAUCAUGUUCCAUACUGUUUACUUAUUUUUUUUUGGAUAUUUAGUCAUUGUUAGUCCAUUCAAGAUAAUUGAAGACACGUCACUUGCUGUCGAAAGUAAUGUUGAGAAUAAUAUUUCUGAAGUUUGUAAAACUAAAGAAUGUUACACACUAGCGGAAUUAAUUAAAAAAGGAAUGAAUGAUACAGUAAAUCCUUGCGAUGACUUUUAUUCCUAUGUAUGUGGUUCAUGGCCGACUAAUUAUCCGGUUCCUGAAGACAAAUUUAAGUGGGAUUUGGAUUCAAUGGUUGAAGAAAAGAUAAAUAUUAUUCUAAAAGAAAUUUUACAAAAGCGAUCAAGGACUCAGGAUAAUGUGCCAUUAACAUUAGAGAAGAAAUGGUUCAAGUCAUGCAUGGAUGAAGAUAGAAUUAAUAAAAAAGGUUUGGAACCAUUAAAGAAUAUUAUAGAAAAAAUAGGUGGUUGGCCAAUGACAAUGAAUACAAGUGUAUGGGAAAAAAAAGAAAUCACUUGGCAAAAUGUUUCACAAUAUUAUGCGAAUAUUGUUGGUGCAUAUAGUUUAUUUGAUAUUGGCGUUCAACCAGAUGCAGAAAAUUCUACAGUUCAAAUUAUCGCGAUUGAUCAAUCCAGUGACUCUCUGAUUGAAACGCGAACAUUUGGUGAUAAAGAAAAUAGUUAUCAUUAUAAAAAAUUUAUUUCAUACGAUUAUACAAAUAAUGAAGACGUUGAUGAUAUUGAUGAUGAUGAUAAUGAUGAUGAUGAUGAUAAUGAUAAAGAAGCUGAUGAUGCUGCAGUAAAAUAUGUAAGACUUAUACUUAAAAUAGCAUACGCUUAUUCAGCAUUUGUAGGAGGAAGUGAAAAAAAUAUCUUGGCUGACACUGUCAAUUUAUUAAAGUUUGAAGUAUCAUUGAAAGAGAUACAAACUUCUCCGAAUAAAAAAGGCGAUAUGGAAUUAGGAAAUAAUAAAAUGAGUAUUAGUGAUUUUCAAAAAUAUUAUAAUCGUAAGAGGCCCGGAAGAACGACUGCAAGGAUUAAUUGGCUCGAAAUGAUCCAAGCCUUAUUCAAGGAUACUGAUGUUGUUAUUGAAGAAACAGAAAAAAUAGCUUUACUCGAUAAACCUUAUAUUGAUAAAUUAGUUCACCUUUUAAAGAGGACACCUCAAAAAACUAUUGUUAAUUAUAUUCAUUGGAGUUUUAUAAGCGAUGUCCUUAAAUAUUUGGACAAAACAACAAGACAAUGGUUUGCCGAGACUGUUAAUAGUGCUAUGGGAAUCACCAAAGAAUCAGAAAGGUGGGAAGAUUGUAUAAGUAAUAUGCCAUUGAAAGAUGGAAUGUCUGUUGAAUUCAUCAAAAAUCAAUUCCCUGAUAUGACAAAACAAACUGCAAAAGAUAUGGCCGAAGAAAUCCGAAAGGAAAUUGAUGUAGAAAUUUCCCGUGCCAAUUGGAUGAAUAGUGAAACUAAAUCCCUGGCAAGGAAUAAACUCAAAUUAAUGGAAGUUCUUAUUGGUUAUCCGGAAUGGUAUUCAUCGUCAUCUAAUUUAAGCGAGUCGUAUGAUGGGCUUGAAAUUGGUUCGGAUUAUUUUGAAAAUGCAAUGAAUUAUUUAAAAUUUGUAACACGCAAUUCAGCCAAAGAAUUUAGAGAACCAUUCGACAAAGAUCAAUGGCUUAUGUCACCAAUUACGCCAAAUGCUUAUUAUCUUCCAGCAACGAAUACUUUGACCGUUCCAGCAGCACAACUUUUGAUUCCCAUAUUUCAUGCAAAUGUACCAGAUGCGUUAAAUUAUGGAUCUGUGGGUUUCAUUAUUGGUCACGAAAUGUCACAUGGAUUUGAUAACACUGGACGAAAGUAUGAUGAAAAUGGAAAUGUCAUUCCCUGGUGGUCAAGCAAAAUGAUUCGUGAAUACGAGAAGAAGGCUAAAUGUUUUGUGGACCAAUUUAAUAAUUAUAAAGUAGAUGGAAAACUAACUCAAGGUGAAAAUAUUGCUGAUACAGCAGGGUUGAAUGCAGCUUUUGGGGCUUACAAGCAAAAAAUUAAUAAAGACAAAACUAAAGAACAAAGUUUACCAGGAUUAGAAAACUUGGAUUCCAAUCAAUUAUUUUUCGUUUCUUUUAGUGUGGCAUUUUGUCAGAGUGCAACACCAAAAUUCUUAUCGAAAGUUGAAACCGAUGUCCAUACAAAAUCAUCCGUUAGAAUAAAUGGAGCCGUGGCAAAUGUAAAAGGAUUUAGUGAAGCAUUUAAAUGUAGAAAUGACAAAAAAUGUACCCUAUGGAGUUGAUUAAACUCAAUUUUAUCAUCAUCGUAUAGUUUAUAAAUGAAAAUUAUAAAAAAUAUUAGCUAAUUUUACAACGUCAAAUCAAAGUUCUAGGAAAUAAUUUUUCUUUUAGUUAAUUUAUAAUUGUAUAAUAAUAAUAAUCUACAAUUAUGUCACACUCUUUUGUAGUUUUUAUCUGCUAAUUUUUGGAAGUUAUAUGUUUUUUUAUUCUUAUCUUGAAUCAGUAAAUUUUUUACACUGAAUCAGAUGCAAAAAUACAUUUCAGUUUAUAAUUAUACAAGCGUAUUAAAUCUUAAGCUGUUCAACUUAUAUGACAUGUAUAAACAAAAAAUGUUAAUUUAAAUAAUGUAUAAUUGUUAGUUAAUAUUAAAGGUGUUUGUUUUAUAACAAA